AAGGUGAUUGAAAUACGCAUGCGCAAAAAACUGUUCUGGAAAUACCAAUGUUACUUCAUUGGGGUUAAAUGUUUAAAGAUAAGCGAAUGCACUGGUUUAAAAUUGUAAUUUGAAUCUUUAUAUAUUUAUUAGUUGAUACGUUUUUAAACUUUAUGUAUUAUUGGAAAUGAAUGAACAGGAAUACGUGCGUGUGCAUUUUUUUUUAAACAUGCGUGAAUGGACUCGCCUAACAGGAAGCGCUCGUGUCAAAAGUAAACCUUUGAGAAAUCGAAAAUACAAUAUAAUCUAGGAAUGAAGAAAUAGAAGCUUCAGUUAGUUUUCUAACUCAUUGUUAACAUUUAAACUAUGUGCUUGUGACAGAGUUACUUAAAGAUAUAACUGUGUAGCUAAUAAUCAUUCCUAGCUAGCUUGUGUGUGUGUGUGUGUGUGUGUGUGUGUGUGUGUGUAUAAGCUCAGAUGAUGAAACUAGCCUCAUGGACUUGGAGUAUAUAGAAGUGAUAAUAGAAUAGAACAGAAAUUUUUGACAUGUUUAUCAGAUGAUCCAGCAGGCUGUGUUAGCAUGUGGUCAUGGAUGUGGUUGGGAUCCAGUAGAUCAGGUGGAUCAGGUGUGUGUAGUGGCACAGCUCUGAUCCUGAUCCUGAUUUUGUUAGUCUGGCUUUGUGGAAUCCGUGCCAGUCUGAGUUUAGGGCCAGGAGGUGAAUUCCCAGGUGUCUACGAUUUUAUCUUCUACGCAGUGAGUCAUGAGGAGUUUGUGUCUUUGGUCCACGACGUCUCACUCUUGGCGUAUCUCGGCCCAAGGCAGGAGAGGAAAUGGGGCACGCUGGUCUUCCUCGUCCUGUCUUUUGCCUCUACAGUGCUCCUUCCUCCCAUUUAUGCGCUCUUCCUCUUCGUGACCGGGGACGAGGCCAGUCGGAUCUGUGGCUACUCAGGCGUCCAGCUGGCUCUGCUGGCGGCUCAGUGUCGACAGAGCAAACGGAGACGAGUCCUGCGCUAUCUGCCUUCCUGGUCCUUGCCUUGGCUCGUCCUGCUGGUCGAUUUGUUCCUUCUUCCGAGCGCACCAGGACUUCUGCAUUUCUAUGCCAUCUGCCUGGGGCUUAACUACAGCACCGAGUUAAUCGAGAUCCUGCAGCGGCUUGAGGGUCUGGGAGUGUGCUCCUGCCUUCCACCGGGGCUUUACGUUUCCAAUAAACAUCAACUCCCCACCUACAUCAGCCCCACACAGAGAUCAUUACCUCAUGUCGACUCUCACACAGGACGCCUCGCUUCUACCAGCAGGUCCCAGUUAGAGGCUCACACACACACACAACCGUGGACACACACCACACCCGAGUGGCCACAGGAACCUGUUACGGCAUCAGACGAGCAGCUGCUGGACGAGGAGUUGCUGCGAGCGGGGAUCCUGGCGUCGCUGCAGGACGCUCCUGAAGGCACAGGCGAUAAAGUGGAAGUCCAGAAAUCCUCAGUGUCUUCGCUCAGGCUGCAGCAGCUGGAGAAGAUGGGCUUCCCCAUGGAGAAAGCCGUGGUGGCUCUGGCGGCCACUCCGCACCUGGACGGAGCCAUUUCUCUGCUGAUCGAUGACCAGGUCGGUGAGGACGCCGUGGUCAUCUCUAAAGGGAAGAAAGCACCGAGUACCUGACUCAGGCACCUGUGGAAAACAUCCCAUAAUACUAACAAGAUCUAAAAGAUUCAUCUAAGUGACAUCAGACUGAAUCAGACCGUUUAUUUCUGUCUGUUACGUCUGGAGCAAAAAACAAAACAAAAAAAAACAAGUUUUAUUUUUUACAUUCUGUAAAUGGGUUAGGGCUUUCACGUGUGUGUGUGUGUGUGUGUGUGUGUGUGUGUGUGUGUGUGUGUGUGUGUGUGAGAAAGAGGAGAGAU